AUGAGUAGCAUUAACGAACGACCACAGGACCCUUCGAGUGCGUUGGAGCAAGCUACACAGGAUGUUGCGAACUUGAAAUCAGAGUUCCAUCAUAUCAUGGAUGAAAUGCAGGUAGCAGAUAAAACCCUGGUGAGCUCAAGAGAGCAGUACCUACGGGAGGAUUACGUGCUUCAUAAACUUGUGAAACAGCAUGGUUCGUUGACCAAGGACCCUAAAGAGGGAUCCAUUACUGAGACGGUAGAAAAAGAGAUGAAGCGAUGCGGCGAUUUGCAACAACAGAAAUGCAUAUUAGCCAAUACAGCAUUGUAUCUAGUAACGAAACAUUUGAGCAAGAUCAAGGCCAACAUCGAGUCACUUGAGGAAGAUGGGUUACUUGCACCCUUGGAUGAUGAGCUUUCGGAUAAGAAGGCUGGAUCUGUUGAUUUAGGAGCUGGAAUCGCUGGCCUUGGUAACGGAACGGCUGGAUCAGGUUCCAGUUCUGGUAGGAAACGGCCAGCCUCUUCAUCAUCAGCGAACGGGAAAGGACAGAAGAGAAAACAGCAGAAGAAAGAGAGAUCUAGGUCUCAUCAGCGUGCAGGAACAGUGUCUCGUGACGUGAGUCCUAACGCUGGUAUCGGUAGAGAUCCGACUUUCGAUGCUUUGGCAUAUAACGAUGAUUUGUUCAAGAUGAACCAAGGCGGCGAAGAAGACGACAAGCAGUUGUACUGUUUCUGCCAAAGAGUAUCAUACGGUGAGAUGGUGGCGUGCGAUGGUCCAAACUGUAAAUACGAAUGGUUCCAUUACAGUUGUGUCAACUUAACGGAACCUCCAAAGGGUCAGUGGUAUUGUCCAGAAUGUCGACUGGAAAUUGCUAAUCAGAAACUAAAUAAGAAGAAGAAGAAGCAAUGA